ACCGUUAGGGAGGGAGGAGUUGGGUGUUGCCUCGGUCUCCGAGCUGAAGUCAGGUUUCCCAGUUGAGAUCCAGCCUCGUUGCGCGUCGUGAAACCAGGACUGCUGUUGCUAACGUCUUGUGAACUCUGUGCCGAGUAUCCGACGGACCAUGGGAGUCGAAGGCUGCACCAAAUGCAUCAAAUACAUGCUUUUCUUCUUCAACUUCAUCUUCUGGCUUGCAGGAGGAGUAAUCCUCGGUGUGGCCCUGUGGUUGAGACAUGACCCUAAGACCAGCACCCUGCUGGAGCUUGAGUUUGAAGGAGCCCAUGCCCCCAGCACCUUCUACAUAUUUGUCCACAUCCUGAUUGCUGUUGGUGCAGUGACGAUGGUGGUUGGUUUCCUUGGGUGCUAUGGUGCCAUCCAGGAGUCCCAGUGUCUUUUGGGAACUUUCUUUGUCUGCCUGGUCAUCCUGUUCGCCUUUGAGGUUACAGGUGGAAUCUUGGGCUUCAUGCACAAAGACACUGUGUCAAAGGAGAUGAUGAACUACUAUGACUCUGUAUAUGACAAGGCCAUGACACAAAGCCUAAUUGACCCAAGCAAGAAACAGGCUGCAGCCCAUGUUCUCAAGGUCUUUCAUGAGACGCUGAGCUGCUGUGGAAAAGACCAGGGGACCACUUUUCUGACCCAAUUUACAGACGCAUUCAGCCUGACUGACAUCUGCCCCAGCGCUAGAAGUAGCAUUAGUUGCCACCACAGGAUCAAGGAAUUGUUUUCAGAUAAGAUUUAUCUGAUUGGCAUUGCUGUUCUGGUGGUUGCAGUUAUUAUGAUCUUUGAGAUGAUUUUCAGCAUGGUGUUGUGCUGUGGCAUCCGCAAUAGCCCGGUGUACUAAAGCAAUGGGCUGCCAGCAUACUUGCCAAUGAGGGAAGGACGACCUUGCAGUCUUUGUCCCAUUCAUUUUAUUUUCUUUUCUAGGCAAGAAACAUCACAUAUAUUGCUUGAUGGAUUUAGUCAGCUCAUUGAGAGUGCAACGUAAACCAUCCUCCACUGAGCAUUUUAAUUACACUGUCAAUGAAUCUUUGUUAGUCACAAAUGCUGUUAUGCAUAUUUGACCUGUACUAUCCUAACCUGAUAUGUAGAUAUUAUAUCUGACUGUCACACAUGAAUAGCUUUCACCAGUCCUGGUGCUCUAAUCCUUUAGGGAUUCAUUAAUUGUUUACUGCCUGCUUGCCUAUGAACAUGCUCUUAUAUUCUUGGUUUUAUUGAUGUUUUUUCCACUGUUUUAUGUAUAAACUGUAUAUAAAUAUAUAUAUUAACAGUGCGUCAUGACUGCAUGAGCAUGGAUAUUCCUCCCUCCCACGCCCCUGCACUUCCCAGUCUUACAUAGCAUUGUCUUGGUUCACAUCCACAGCAAAAGAAAAAUGAGAGGAUCAUUACCACUCUCAUGUGUCAAGGCUAAAUAUAAAGCUUAAUCCAGCAGGUGACAAGCUUUGCUUAGUAUUUUAAUAGCCUCAGGCUAAAUGCAGUAGUAAUUUUAUAGUGGUAAAGAGCAACGCUUUAAAACUACAGUGUUGAUCACACAUCAGUCUUAACUACCUGCUUAAGUUCCACCAAUUUGAAAACUACCACCUGGCAACUGAACAUGCUGAUCAACAGGAGUUUAUUCCACCAACUAGACUUUAAAAUAUUUGGUCCUGAGGUCUGUUUUUACUAGAUCCAUCUGCCUCUAACACAUAACUGCAUAGCACUGCAAUGCAUCAUAUACGCAUUCACAUAAAAUCAUAUCAUCUUGUGUAAUCUUCCAUAUUGUCACAGUGUUUGUAAACUAACUAAAUCUUGCCAUGUUAACAUCUCAUACUUAAACUGAGAAAUAGUGGAAGUGUCUUGUAAUAUUUACAGCUCUGAGGUAUUGUACUAAUGAAAAUAAUGAAGGCUGUCAAAAGACUAUGUAUGCCUUUUAUCUUGUAUUGUGAUAUCUUUGUCUGGUACGUCAUCAAAGGAAUCUUAAUGGAGAGGGUGGAAGAUUUUGUGGCAGUGCCAACUGAGAGGAUGUCAAACCUUCAUCACAUCUACGUUCUCCUUAGAUAUCAUAUUAAGAAAAUAUGACACCCAUCCAUCCAGUAUUCCCAAAUGAUGAGGGCACAAGCUGAGUUUCCUGAUAGUACUGUCCAUGUUGCUGCCUUCUGAAUUUGGUAUUUGACACUCAGGACCCACUGCCACUUAAAUCUCAAGCCAUCUACUCUUGUAGACUUUGGUUUGCCUAGAUAUAAAGGGAUUAAAUGUAUUUUACAAAUAAA